AGAGGAAAGGUUAACAUUUUGAGUUUCCCACCUCAAGCUCUUUUCCAGAAUGUACCAUAAGCCUGCCUUAUUAGACUCCGCACCUAGUAUUUCUUAAGUGUUCUGAGUAUUGUCUCCUGCAGGUGCAGUCACUAACCACUGAUUUUAUUAGGAGAGCGUGCCUUCCAGCUCCCCCUAGCAAACCCCUUUGAGGCGCUCACUUGCCUCCAGCCAGUGCUGUGACCUAGACAUGUUAAGGAUCAAGCCUUCCGCAUGUACUGCAUUUGCCUACACCACCUAAGAUGCCCGAAGAAGAAGACUACACUGUAUACUGCAGCCCAAGAGAAGUAUGGGAGGGCCAGCUCAGCCUCUGGGAAGAAGAAGAGGAAGAAGAAGGAGGCCUAUCUUGGUUACAUGGGGAAAAUCCUAAAGCAAGCUCACCCAGACUUCGGUGGGUGCUCCUGGAUCUCGGAUGCACUGGGCUCUUUGGAGGACUGGCUGCUGGAACGGGUUAGCCUGGAGGUGGUUAGACUGUCCUAAAACCACAGAAAAGCCGUCACCAGCAGAGAGAUCCCUGGAGCAGUUAAACAGAGAUCCUCUUGGAAGAGCUUCUGUGUCAAUGAAAUGUUCUGAAUGGCUCUGUUGUUGAGAUGAUUGCACUUGUCAAAAAUAAUCAGAUAUGUCAGAGGGCUGAGUCGGAAGACGAGGUAUCAGAUAAGGACCUGUUUGUUGCAACAGGAGUCUUGGUGCUACAUAGGUGGUCUCUGGGUCCUGUGCUUUUAGCCUCUGACUUAA